AUGUCCCAGGUCGACCUCAAGGCCCUCCUAAAGCAACUCAGCUCCCCAGACGCUGAUGCUACAACAAUCGUCACCCCUCAACGCGUUCUCGUUUGCUCUUCUGAGCGUCAGCAAGAUUGUCGAUGUCGCGUCGCAGGAUGGCACCCGGACGAGGUUGCCCUGCGUAUCAAGCACAUCUUUGACCCGUUGGUCGCUGAUGCUCUUUCUACCGAUUCGGCAGACCCCGUGUCCCUGGUCCCAGCCACAUCACUCCUUGCUGUGGUAGCACAAACCGCUCCCAAAGCAGUGGUGGCGAUUCUCACCCAGCACCUGGGCCUCGACGACAACGAUGACAAAGAGUCGACCGUUGAUCCCUUGUCUCUUCUUCUGGAGCUUGCAGAGCUUCCAUCGUCUCUUCAACCCGCGUUUGCUGGUCUCCUCUCGUCGCUUGCCGGUACCAAGGCAGGACGUGAUUUGGUGCGCAACCGUGCGCUCGAGUGGCUCUCUGCCGCCGCAGAAGCCGAGACCAAGCAGGUCCAAGGGGACACCAAGGUGCUCUGCGCGGUUACUCUGUCCAAGCUCGGUCGCGAGGACCCAGUUGUUGGCGAAAAGCCAGAGGAGCGUGCGGUCAAGGACGAAGAGGCUGAGGAGAACGAGUCCCGCUUUGCGCGCACGUUGGCCGCACACAUUGCGGCCUCGUCUGCGUCAUCACGCAGCGACGGUAUUCUCCCAUCACUCGAGGGACUGAGGCCUCCUCGCACUGUCGCCUGUGCCCAGGCUGCCGGCGGCUCGCUUCCAGUCACCCCUCGUGCGAGCAUGUCCUCUCUCGACCAACUGGCUACUGCACCAGUAGACACAGCACUGUGCUAUGGUGUUGUUACAAUUCUCUCAAACCUUACGCAGCGCAAAGCCGUGCUGUCCGAGCAGGACCAGCAAAUGGCGCGUCUGCGACGUAUGGCCAUCUCCGGCAAGGGUGCUGCGGACGGCGGUGACGACCCGCGCGAGAGCGACAAUGCCGCAAAGGCCCGCACCGACCUCGUUGUAGCUGCUGGCGUGCUAGGAGCUCUACGUGGUCUUGUCCGCGCCGAGUCUACUCGCGUUCGUGCCGGACUCGGUGCGCUGUGCCGCGACAUUGUCGAGGACAAGGCUCAGCGUGUACCGUUUAUCCGCGAUGGCGGCGUCAAGAUCCUCACCAUCAUCCUUCGCGACAUGAAGGACGCAGAGGACAAGAUUGCGCCUGCACAGGGACUGGCCAAGCUCGUCAUCACGACCCCGCCUCAGCUCCUCUUCCCGGCUCCAUAUCAGACCAACGCCCUCAAUGCUCUCCACCCGCUCUACCUCCUGCUCGUGCACCCCAACUCGUCGCUCCUGCAAAAGUUCGAAUCCCUCAUGGCCUUGACAAACCUGGCUUCCAUUGACCCUCAAUUCGGCAGCCGUAUAGUCGCGGCCAACAUGACGCCACCGGAGAGCAACGAGUUCCGUGGCGCGGACAGGUCAACGACCGUCCCAGUUGUCUCCAAGGUUGAAGAACUGCUUCUUGACGACAACACUCUCGUUCGCCGUGCUGCUACUGAGCUUGUGUGCAACCUUGUUACAUCAGAGGCUGGCUUCAGCUACUUCUCCGGCGACCAGGCUGGCUCUCCCGACCCGGACCCGCGGGCCGCCUCCCGUCUUGGUGUUCUCCUCCUCCUCACCGAUGUGGACGACCUCGCUACGCGCCUUGCCGCCUCGGGAGCACUGGCAGUCCUCACCGAGUCUGUGGUCGCGUGUAAGCUCCUCCUCUCCGGUGCCGGCAUUAGCAGCACGUCAAAGCGCAACGCGUGGGAACGUUUGGGGGACCUGUUCGAGCCCGGAGGCGCGGUCCCCGAGAUUGGCGAGGACGGUGAGCGCCUCGAGACUGUCUCAAGCUCGCCUCCCGACGCUGGGUUGGCGCACCGCGCUGCGGUCAUUAUUGAGAACCUCGCACGGUUCUGCAACGCGGAAGAUGAGGAGCAGCUGAAGAAAGGCCAGGCGGCGCUGGAGGGCAAGAUUGAGGCGGCGGUCAAGGCGUUCAUUCCUACCAAGGACAGGCCAGCGGACCCGCGUGUCGAUGUUGCUGGUGUUGUCAAGGCGCUUCUGGAGGCUAGGAAGACAUUGGCAGGAGAGUAG